GGCUGCUGCCCCCCUGCACUGCACCAGCUCCUUCAUGGCUGGGGCUCGCUGCUGCCGCAAGCGGGACACUCUGGCUCUCCGGUUCCUCCGGAAGGCGGCUCCUCCCUGCCGAGCUGCUGCAGUGGCCCAAGUCCGGCUUCAAGGAGAGCUAACAACACUGAAAGCAAGCUGGGAUUCUCAUCUAGCUCAGAUCUCCAAAGAGACUGUUUCUAAAGACCUUCAAAUUCAGUCAUUGCAUGAGGAGGAGGUGAAGCUGAGGACAGAAUUGAUCAGAUUCCAGCAGGAUGUAGAAAGGUAUAAGCAGCAACUGUCUCUGGCAGCAGAACGAGAGCAGAUUCUGGAACGGGCUAAAGUGCAAGCGGAACUGGACUGGCAGCGGCACUGUGAAAAUGCUGAAAGAAAUCAGUAUCAGAAAUCAGAGGAUCUAAUACAGAGCCUGUCAACAGCAAGGGACCAGGUUACAGCUCAGCUACAAGAGAAGGAACAGAAGCUGUGUGAAAUGGAAACAGUCCUGUCUGCUUUGACCGUUGAAAGAGACCAAGCAGUGCAGGCACUUCAGAAACAUGGUAUAUUGCCUGAAGGAGAGAAACAGAUGUUUCUAGGUGAUAAUAAAGGAGUUCUUGGAAAAGAUUUUUCUGCCACAGAGAUCCAAAGAUUAAAGGAACAGAACACCAGCCUGCGGGUUGCUAUUGCAGAAAUGAGGAAAGAAAUGGAGACUCUCAGUGAUCAGACACCAUCCUCGUUCCCCAGGAAAGAAAAGAUACAAUACUCACAGCAAACUGCCGCUGAUGCUAAGGCUGCUACAGUCAUAUUUACUCCUGAUUAUGUUCAAUCCCUGGAAGAGGAAAUAAGAAAGUUAAAGCACAAAUAUUGGAUAAUGGAAGAGCAACUAGAAAAGGCAUCUAAAUUUUCCAAAAAAUCAUCUGCUCCAUCCCAUGACCCAUCGAGCACUCAGCACGAUUCAGCUCCACCCAUCACUCAGCUCCACACCCACAAUUUCCAGGAAACUAGUGGUGCAAUUUGUGCUGAUGAAAUUUUCUCUGGAGCUCCUUUGAAGAAGCUGGAAGCCAGAACAGCACACUUGGACUCCAUGGUAACACAGCACAUACAAAAGGGUUCAAUGAUUAAAGGGCUUCAAGAAGAGAUUGUAGAUCUCAAACAACAAUUAUCAGGGGUGGGGUCAGGCGAUGGCCCACACCAGUGUAUGAAUUGCUCUGUACAGGAAAUGCAGAGUAAACUGAAGGAAGCAAUGAGAAAGAUCUCUAUUCUGAGCCAAGAAAAGCAGCAACUAAUUGAAAUGGGAAACAGACUUCGAGCAGAACUUAGUGUAGUGUCAAAGGAAGGACUUCAGCAUUACACUAGCUCUAAACAGGGCCCUGUUCAUACUGUUUAUGGUGCUCUGUAUCCUAAAGAGCUUGCCCAUGAAGCACAGCAUCGAUUCUCAGCUUUAGAGCAUUUACAGUACCAGCUUACCACACAGGAGCUCCAGUACGCACAGCGACAACGUUUCUCAAGACUGACUUCUAAGAUUACGUUUCCUAGCUCAAUAGAGACCUUAAGUGGUGGAAAUGUUCCAAGCAGUGGUGGUGAGGGAGCGGAACUACCACAGAUUCAGGUUCAAAUGGAAUCUUCUGUUAGAAAUUCCAGUCCAGGGCAACAAAAGGAAUGUACAUCCUCAGAAACAAACCAAUCACAGCAACUCAAUAGGGAGAGCACUAGCCAAUCCCAACAGGCCUGGAUGUCAUCAUCUGGAGUACACAGCUCCCUCCAGGAUAUUUGGCAGAUUCUGGAUAUGGGAUCAAGUCCUUCUAUUCUCAGCCCUCAAAGCAACAUAGAUCAAGUAGAGUUCAAAGCUACCCACACAGCCAAGUUUGAAGAGUCUCAGCAUACUGUUGUAACUGGGGAUCGAGAAAAAACACCAGUUGCUGACUUGACAGUCAAAGGAACCAACAUUGAAGUUCAACCAAAGUUAAUAGCCAACAAAUCAUCUCGGACUCACCCCAUAAAGUCAAAAGUCUCCCACCAGAUGCAAAAAAUCCGGAACUACAAUGUUAAACAUUGAUUUCUCUGACAGUAAGUUUAGCUCUGUACAAAUUCUGAGUACGGGACUGCCCUUGCCCUGAAGAUCUUACAGUCUAAAUAGACAGCCGGAGGCUGGGGAAAGGGAUAGAACUCACUAGCAGAAUUAACAAGGUGAUGGCAGCUAAUGUGGAAUUAGUUCCACAGUUCAAUUUUUAGCGUUUAUUUGUUUACUCACUUAUUUUGGGGAUAAGCAAAUGGAAACAGAAGGGAAGUAAGCUAAAUGGAAACAGAAGGGAAGUAAGAGGGGCAGGGCAGGGGAGAACAGGAUAAGAGAGGCAAGUGUGAAGUGAAGUUCAGGUGAAGGGGCUGUUGGGGAGAGGAGGGAAAGGGUUGGACAGCCAAUCAGCAUGUAACUGAGAAAGUACAAUCAAAAGUGUGGAUGGUUCUCUGAAUGUCCAGAGGUCCUUGUUUUGGCACCGUUAGCCUCUUUGACUCCUCUCUGCACAUCUCCUCCAGGGCAUAGGGAAAGGGGUGAGGCACCACUUGGGUACUAGUGCCCCCAAAGUGGGGUGUCUCCCCUACACAGUUCUGGGUUUAUGAAGGUGCUGAGGGAGGGAUAGCCCAGCUGGACCCUAUUUUAUUUGUUUGAGCUUAUUAAAUGUCAGUUCAUCAACCUGCUUUCUGGAGGUUAGUAUAGAUUCCCAGCACUAAAGAGUUAAACUUUUUUUGUGCCUUUAGGCAGAGCUUGCAGUUUGUAGCAAAAUUUUGUUGAGAAAUACUGGAGUGUGGGUUAGACAGGGGAAAAUGUAUCUCAGUGGGCUGCCUUAGCAUGCUAUUUUCCUACGUUUACUAACACUGCACUCAUUCUACAUAUUGUAACAAUUCUCUGUAGCUGCUUAAUAUUCAUUUUAAAGCUAGGGGUUUAAAAAGAUGGGCCCUGAUUCUGCACUACUUUGUACCUUCUGUAAUUAUUUAUGCUUGUGCAAAAUGGGUGUAAAAUGAUACAAAAACAGAAUUCUCCAUUCACUUACACUGAUGGUAUUGAUUAGCACAGUUGUAAGUGAUGUCACAAGUUUCAAGACUGAAAAUCAGGCUCAUUAAUAAUACUUAGAAUCUUUCAUUGGAUGAACUAAAAGCAUUGCACAAAUAACUAAGCCUUAUAACAUGUUUCCAGCUGAAAUUGCAGGAAAAAUGUUAUGAGUUGUAAUUUGACCAGCACAACACUGUACUUACGAAAAGUGUCAUGACAUUUGAAUGAUCGUGAAUUCUCAGGAUCUCUGUUUUGUUUCGUUUUGAAAAUGGCAGGAUGGCACCUCCAGUAGCAUUGCAGGAAGCUGGGGUAUUGGUUUAGUGUUAAGGCCCUGACUCUCCAAACACUUAUUCAGGUGCUUAACUUUACUACUGUGAGUGGUCCUAUUGAAAAGAAUAGGACUACUCGUGGUAGUAAAAUUUAAUAAUGUGUGUGUCUGCAAGUUAAGAGCCUAAGAUGGAAGAAAGACUUACUAAAUCACCUGCACUUCUUCCUGCAGCACAUAGGUGCUCCUUGAAGGCCUCCUGUCCGAAUUCUGUCUCUAGACAACCUUGCUCAGCUUGAGAUCUGAAAGGAACACAGUACAGAGCUGUACAGCGUGGCUGUAGGCAGCUCAAGAAUAACUUGAAAAAAUUGUUCAAUGUUCUGUUCAAAAAUGUUUUGCUUUAACAUAUAGAUAAUA